CUGCCAACACUGGCCGGGUCUUCCUGACAACCAGGCGGCCGGGAUGCACCAGGACCAUUAUCUGGACAGUGAGUCGCCCAGCGCGGCGGGGAAGGGUUUAGGAGCCAUUGCUGUGGACGGAGAGACGGGGACGUGAGCGGCCAUUGAGGGUGGCCAGGGUGCCGGUGAGCCUCCCCAUCUGCUCGGUGUGCUGGCUGAGCUUCGAGGGGCUGAGCUUUGAUGGAGGACCACAUAACGGGGCACAACAAGGAGAAGUGUCAUGAGUGUGACGUGUGUGGCAAGGUCUGGCAGACCCCGAGCAAGCUGGAGAUCCACCGGCGGGUGCACACGGGAGAACGUCCCUUCGAGUGCUUGGAGUGCGGCAAGAGCUUCACCCGCCAUGACUGCUUGCUGCAGCACCGCCGCGCGCACUCUGGUGAGAGGCCCUUCACCUGCUCCGAAUGCGGCGAAAGCUUCAAGCGGGCAUAUGACGUGAAGAUCCACCGGCGAGAGCACACGGGCGAGAAGCCCUUCGGCUGCUUCACCUGCGGCAAGCGCUUUGCCCAGUUGUCGGGGCUGCGGGUGCAUCGGCGGGUGCACAGCAGUGAGCGGCCCUUCACCUGCCCCGACUGUGGCAAGAGCUUCAAGUCGUCCACGGAACUGAAGGUGCACAGGCGCCUGCACACCGGAGAGCGGCCCUGCACUUGCAACGACUGUGGCAAGAGCUUCACCUGCUCCACCAGGCUGCUGGAACACCAGCGCACCCACACCGGCGAGCGCCCCCCCUACCCCUGUGCCCACUGCAGCAAGGGCUUCUCACACUCCACCAGCCUGCUGUCUCACCAGCGGGAGCACACCGGCGACCAUCCCUUUGGCUGCUCCGACUGCGACAAGAGCUUCAAGAGGGCGCAAUACCUGAAGAUGCACCGGCGAGUGCACACGGGCGAGAAGCCCUAUGGCUGCUCCACCUGCGGCAUGAACUUUCCCUUGUUGUCGGGGCUACAAAGACACCAGCGGGUACACAGCAGUGAGCGGCCCUUCACCUGCUCCGACUGCGGCAAAGGCUACAAGUCGCCCAUGCACCUGAAGGUGCACAGGCGCCUGCACACUGGGGAGCGGCCCUACACCUGCAGCGACUGCAGCAAGAGCUUCAGCAGCUCCAGCAGCCUGAUCCACCGGCGGGUGCACACAGGAGAACGCCCCUUCAACUGCUCGGAAUGCGGCAAGAGCUUUACCCGCUACGACCGCCUGCAACAGCACUACCCCGUGCACUCCAGCGAGAAGCCCUUCACCUGCUCUGACUGCGGCAAGAGCUUCAAGACGGCGCAACACCUGUACUCCCACCGGCAGGUGCACAUGGACGAGAAGCCCCAUAGCUGCUCCAUCUGUGGCAAGAGCUUUACCCGGUUGUCGGUGCUACGGCGGCACCGGCAGGUGCACACGGGCGAGAAGCCCCAUGGCUGCUCCACCUGUGGUAAGAGCUUUGCCCGGUUGCAUGGGCUGCGGAAUCACCAGCGGGUGCACAGCAGUGAGCGGCCCUUCACCUGCUCUGACUGCGACAAAGGCUUCAAGUCGUUGUCGGUCCUGAAGGAGCACAGGCGCGUGCACACCGGGGAGCGCCCCUACACCUGCAGCGACUGCGGCACGAGCUUCACCCGCUCCAGCAGCCUGGUGGACCACCAGCGCACCCACACCGGGGAGCAGCCCUACACCUGCACCCUGUGCGGCAAGAGCUUCACCCAUUCCAACAGCCUGCUAGUGCACCAGCGCACCCAUACCGGCGAGCGCCCCUACACCUGUGCCCAGUGCGGCAAGGGCUUCACCUGCUCCAGCAGCCUGCGGUACCACCAGCGGAUCCACACCGGAGAGCGCCCUUACACCUGCGCCCAGUGCGGCAAGGGCUUUACCUGCUCCAGCAGCAUGCUGUACCACCAGCGCAUCCACACCGUCGAGCGCCCCUACACCUGUGCCGAGUGCGGCAAGGGCUUCACUCAGUCCAGCAACCUGCUGCUGCACCAGCGCACCCACACCGGCGAGCGUCCCUACACUUGCGCCCAGUGCGGCAAGGGCUUCAUCUCCUCCAGCAAACUGAUGAAGCACCAGCGCACCCACACCGGCGAGCGUCCCUACACCUGCGCCCAGUGCGACAAGAGCUACACCUCCUCCAGCAACCUGAUCAAGCACAAGCGCACCCACACCGGCGAGCGCCCCUACAUCUGCAUCCAAUGCGGCAAGGGCUUCAUCUGCUCCGCCCAUCUGCGGUCCCACCAGCGGGUGCACGCCGGCGACCGUCCCGUCCCCAGCCCGGUGUGUGGAGAGCGCUUUGCCACGGCCACCCACGCCCUGUCUCACCAGCGCGUGCACACCAGUGGCCAGCCUUACGACUGCCCGUACUGCGGUGAGGAGUUUGACAGCUUGCGGGGGUUGCGGCAGCACCGGAGGACCCACGCCGGCGAGCAGCUGCUCCCACCGUGAUAAGAGAGCAUGGGGGCUGCGGGAGCACCAGCGGAUACACACCAGAGAGAGACCCUUUGUGUGCGCUGUAUGUGGCAAGGGUUUCAUCCACAUGUCCUGCCUGUGGCAGCACUGGCGUACCCACACCUGCCCGUCCUGUGGCAAGGCCUUUGCCCGCUCCUCCAGCCUGCUGGCACACCACCACAUGGAUAGGUGCUGUUUAGCUAGACACAAAAUGCUGGAAGGAAUGGGUAAUGUUUCAGGGUCGAGACCCUUCUUCAGUGUGAACACGAAACGUCACCCAUUCCUUCUCUCCAGAGUUGCUGCCUGUCCCACUGAGUUACUCCAGCACUUUGUGUUAGCCAUAGAGUGAUACAGUGUGGAAACAGGCCCUUCGGCCCAACUUGCCCACACCAACCAACAUGUCCCAGCUACACGAGUCCCAUCUGCCUGUAUUUGGAUUUGCCCUAUCCAUGUAACUGUCGAACUGUUUCUUAAAGGUUGGGAUAGUCACAGCCUCAACUACCUUCUGUGACAGCUUGUUCCAUACUCCCACCAACCUCUGUGUGAAAAAGUUACCUCUCAGUUUCCUAUUAAAUCUUUUCCCCUUCACCUUGAACCCAUGUCCUCUGGUCCUUGAUUCCCCGGGGUAUGGGGAGAAGGCAGGAACGGGGUACUGAUUGUGGAUGAUCAGCCAUGAUCACAUUGAAUGGUGGUGCUGUUUCAAAGGGCCGAAUAGCCUACUUCUGCACCUAUUGUCUCUUGUCUAAUUACUAUUGUAUCAGGACUGGCCGUGUAUUUCCUCCUACACUUGCGCUCGGUCCUCCAAGGCCUUCUGGAUCUCCCGGUUGCCAACCAUUUCAACUCCCCUUCCCCCUCCCACACUGAUCUUUUUGUCCUGGGCCUCCUCCAUUGCCACAGUGAGGUGACACGCAAACUGGAAGAACAGCACCUCAUAGCUUACAGCCCAAUGACAUGAACAUUGAAUUCUCCAAAUUAAGGAGACUCCCCCCUCCUAAUCAAGUCCUGGAGUCUGUCCCGACCCCAUCUCUUUUUUCCAGCUUUCUCCCCCGACUCCAUCAGUCCAAAGAAGGGUCCAGACCCGACACGUCGCCUGUCCAUUCCCCUCCAAAGUGCCGGUAGAACUCAGCAGGUCAGCCAUCCGUGGUGGGAAACGGAUGGAGAAGUGUUCCUAUUACAAGCUCUCCUUGGCCCUGUCAAGAAUGCGGUGUCCAUUCUUGGGGUGGGAUGCAAGGUCCGAGCUGACCAGUCAUCGACAGCCCCCCUUCCCUUCCCUCGUGGGCCAUCUCUUUGUCAUUCCUCUGUCUUCUGCUUGCUGGAUGACAAGCAGAACCAUCUUGGCUUAACAGUAGAUGUAUCUUCUUCCUUUUGGCCUUUCGUUUCUGCAGGUAUUUACAGCGGAAUCAAAACUACUUCCCUUAGGUCCUGAUCUUCCUUUUGUUUUAGUAAAGGUAGAACCUUUGACAGUUGCGAUUGGUUUAGGAUCUUGAAUAGCAUAGCAUAAAUUUGACAUGAACCGUACUUCCUUUUCUAUGAAGUUCCCCAGAUCAGGAAGCUUGGCUCUCGAUUCUCAAUUUCCUCUAACAGACCAGCUUCAUCUUUUCUCUAAGUCUAUAGGGCAGUUUUAGAGUGAUCAUUUUCAUGUUUCUAACAGCAUUCAUUUCUUGCAUGUGGUCUAAGAGGGUAGUUUUUUCGUGUAGUAUCCCCUUCUCUGCCUCCGUCUGCACUGAGGCCUAAUGGCGGAGCUGGCGGCCUCCAACCUGUGACCGACCUCGAGGCUACAGAGGCAGAGCCAGCCAGGACUCACCAACAAGAGGCUGGCUGUCUUCCGGGCUAAGGCAGCAGUGGCCCGACUUGCUGGUGCGGCGUUCUGGCUUUCGGCGGCGGCCUGGAGCUGAUGCAGUGGGGCUCGGAGCUGAGACUGUGGGACCUGGAGCUGGGGCAGCAGCCCGGAGCGGAGACUGUGGGACCCGGAGCUGGGGCAGGGGCCCGGAGCGGAGACUGCGGGACCCAGAGCUGGGUCGGCUGCCCGGAACGGAGACUGUGGGACCCGGAGCUGGGGCAGGGGCCCGGAGCAGAGACUGCGGGACCCAGAGCUGGGGCGGCUGCCCGGAGCUGAUGCUGUGGCGGGUCGUCUCGGAGCGGAGACGGCGUUCCGGCUAGCGGCAGCGACAUCACCAUGGAGGUCCGUGGACUGGAGAACGGCAUCUCCGGCUUGGAUCAAUCGCCUCAGCGCAGAGGGAGAACAAGGAGGGAUGAGAUGGAGACUAAGACUUUGCCUCCAUCACAGUGAGGAUGUGCUUGGUGAACUCACUGUGGUGGAUGUUUAAUUUGUGUUUAUUGUAUGGUUUGUUAUUAUUGCUUCUGUGUAUGACUGCAGGCAACAUAAUUUCGUUCAGACCGAAAGGUCUGAAUGACAAUAAAGGAUCUAUCUAUCUAUCUAUCCGUACUUCUAAGAAAUAUCGGAAACUCCCGCAAUGCUUUUGCGUCUUCUGGCUGGAUAGCUGUACAAGCAUAGGCCUUCCUCAUGAGGAUGUCUUUGGAUCAUGGAAGUUUAAAGGGACUUUUAUGUAAUGUGUCAGCAGCGAGUGGAGACUGGAGGGUUCACCAGUGAACAAACGGGGAAGAUGAUUGAACUUUAUUACCUUCCAUCAGAAUGAGGAAUGUGGAUUCUGCUGUAGUGGAUGUUUAUGUUAAAUGUUAUUUUAUGUGGCUGUGUGUCUUGUUGCUUUUCACUUAGUAUGGCUGUACGGUAACUCAAAUAUUACUAUACCUUAAUUGGUGCAUGUGACAAUAAAUUCCAACUUGAACUUG